AUACUAAAAUUCUUCGAUUAGUCUAUUCAGUUUCUUUAUAAGAUCGGUGGAAUUAAAUUCUAACGAAAAGAAAAACAUAAAUCUUCCUUCCAAUAUGAAAUAUUUGUUUGUAUUGUCGUUUUUGUUGGUACUCGUAGUAUCAACUUAUGCUGGUGAAUACCAAUUUGGUGAAUGUGGUCCAAAGGAUAAUUAUCUUAUUGCCAAGGACAAAGUUACAAAAAAAGGAGUAUUUUUCGGUAUUCCCAAUUCAAAGAAAUACGUUUUAAAACAAAAGAGUUCGGAUCCAAGAACUAUUACUUGUAUGAUUGUAACUGAUCGAAAGAAGAAGUGUGAUGCUUCGGUUGACGUUGUCAGUGGAGGUAUUGGAAGCAAAGGAGUAACUUUGAAAUUCAAGGGUAAACUCGGUGGAUGUAUCAAUUCUUCUGUUAAAGUUUAUGGAAAGAAAUAAAUUUU